AACCCAGGACCUCAACACCAAGCCAAUACCCCGCCACCAUUGCCUAGUGAGAUAGAGUUGGAAUCCAUGAUCGAUUCUAUUUUGAGAGAUGACGACUUCAAUGGAGACGGUUACAUAGACUAUGCUGAAUUUUUGAGAGCCCAAAAGAUACGAGAGGAUCAGGCCAGAGCUCAAAUGCAGCAGCAGCAGCAGCAACAACGUCAGCAGCAGCAACAGCAGCAACAGCAACAACAGCAGCAUCAUUGA